GUUAUAUUUUUAGUUUAUGUUUGAGCAUGCAAAAUGUUUCAUGUAUAGUAUCUUUUUGAAGAUAUCUAACAUAAAAUGUUACAUAUUAUACGAUUUUAAUGAAGUAAAACGAGUAAAUUAAGUACUGGCAAAUGUAUAAUAUAUAUGAGCAUAUCAAAUACAAUCCCUUACUACUCUAUUAAUUAACGCGUUGAAACUUUUAGGAUUGCAAAAAAGGGUUGCAAUAAUGUUUAUGAACAGUGUAAUAUUUCAUACUAUAUCCAGGAGUAUUUCUACAUCAUCAAUGUCCAACCAAAUAAUCAGAAGGUCACGAUUGAGAGUGGUGGAUAAUAGCGAAAUUGGAAAACAAGCAAUGCAGGAAGGAAAACCACCACGAUGUAUACAUGUUUAUAAUAAAGUGGGAGUUGGGUACCUAGGAGACAAAAUUUUAGUCGCGAUAAAGGGUGAAAAGAAGAAAGGUAUAUUGGUUGGUUUGAAACAAUCUCAAAAUGACAAAGUUCCAAAAUUUGACAGUAAUAAUUUAGUUCUCAUAGACGAUAAUGGAACACCUUUGGGUACCAGAAUUCAGGUUCCAAUUCCUCACAUUCUUAGAACAAUAAUGAAGCAGAAAACACAUACCAAAGGUGCAGAUUAUACAAAGUUGUUAGCUAUUGCAACAAAAUUUGUGUAACUGAUAUGUAUAAAUGACAAACUAUUGAAUGUAUUACAUUAUAUGUAUAUAUAUGUGUGUAGAAUUAAUUAAAUAUUGUUGCAUAGAU